GUUUUUAGGACAUCCUGAUAAUAAUGAAUUAUUGUUCUCUUACACUCAUCACCUGAUUUGAAUAUAUUGUUUUUCAUAUAUAUUUUUUCAGUGUUUUAUUAUUGUAUUCUGUUCUAUUCCAGCCUGGACGAAGCCAGCUCUACCAAAACUCCCUAUGUCUACUUAUAUAAUACAGGUCAUGUAUAUGAUGAUAAGCCCAUCACAGUGGUCACUUCUUGCCAAUUGGGAAUCUACACCUUUCCCUUUGAUAUCCAAAACUGCUCGUUGACCUUCGGAUCAUAUUUACACUUUGCUACGGAUAUUCAGAUGAUUCAAGGCGCCACAGCUGAAAAGGUCCUGAAAGAGUCCCAAGAUGUGAUUGUAACCAAUGGGGAGUGGGAGCUGACAGAUAUAAAUAUUGCCGAUUCCAGCCUGCAUUUAGACAGUGGAAGCUACUCUGAGAUCACAUACUAUAUCGUGCUCAGACGGAGACCAAUCGCCUAUGUGGUCAACCUCCUGGUCCCCAGCUGUUUCCUAAUCACAGUGGACCUCUUCAGUUUUGUGCUGCCCCCACAGAGCGUGGACAGAUCCUCCUUCAAGAUGACACUCAUCCUGGGCUACACCGUCUUCCUGCUCAUAAUGAAUGACCUGCUGCCUGUUACCGGGGAGAAAACACCGCUCAUCAAUGUUUUCUUCUCCAUCAGUCUGGCGCUGAUGGUUGCCAGCCUGUUGGAGACGCUGUUCAUCACAAACAUUCAGUACAAGCCCAGAGAGUACAGCGCAGUGCCUCACUGGCUCAGUGUCCUCGUGUUACGUUAUCUAGCUGUUCUUGUUUGUAUCCCUCCAAAGCAAAAGAGCAACCGAGUCACAGUCUCCCUCAAUCCAUCUCACAGAGGUACGUUAUUAUUUUUAUAGUCCCGUUAUUAAUAGAAGAUUUUGUUAAGAGCCCAAGCUGAAGAAACAGCUGUGGCCUGUAUUGACUAUAGUGGACUAUGUGUUAGGUUAAACAACAUAAUGCUGGCAUUAUGGCUGAGGAUUGUGUGUUCCAGCUAUAGGGAGAUCACAUUCCUGAGCCUCCCUGGGAAAGUCUAUGCCAGGGUGCCGGAAAAGAGAGUCCGUUCGUUAGUCGAACCUCGGAUGCAGGAGGAACAAUUUGGUUUAUGUUUUGCUUGGACCAGCUGUUUACCCUCUCGAGGAUACUCGAGGUGUAUGGGAGUUUGCACAACCAGUCUACUUGUGUUUUGUGGACUUGGAGAAGGCAUUCACCCAUGUCCCUGGUGAGAUGUUCCUCAGAAGUAUGGGGUGUCUAGCCCCAUUAAUACGGGCCAUUCAAUCCUUACACAAAUGUUGCAGGAGCUUGGUCCGCAUAGCCAGCAAUAAGUCAAACAUGUUUCUGGUGCGUUGGACGCCAACAGUGCUGCCCUUUGUCACUGAAUCUGUUCAUAAUCUUUAUGGACAUAAUAUUUAGGCAUAGCCAAGUGGCAGAAGGCUUCCACUUGGGUGGCCUCAGAAUUUCAUCUCUGCCUUUUGCAGAUGAUGUGGUUCUGUUGGCUUCAUAAGGUGACUGCCUCCAGCUGGCACUGGAGUGGUUUGCAGCUGAGUGUGAAGAGGCAGGAUUCAGAAUCAGCACUUCCAAAUCUGAGGCCAUGGUCCUCAGCCAGAAAAAGGAGUGCCCACUGAGGGUCAGGGAUGAGUUCCUGCACCAAAUAAAGGAGUUUAAGUACACUCUAAAAUGAAAGCAUAGUACAAAUAAGCAAUUGGAGUUUUAAAAAACAGGAUGGAAUCAAUUUCUUUUAUGCAACGCGAUGAUGGCUGCAUGUGUUUCUUUGCAGUCACCAAUGAUUUCAAAAAUGACCCUCCUUUUAACAAAUCCAGUCCGCUAUUUUAACUCAAUAAAUGAGUAAUAAUAAUGAUCUCCAGCCUUGUGCUCAUCAACAUUCUCAUCUGAGUUAACAAGAAGAUUAUGGAAAUGAUGUCAGCAGAUCCUUUUAGGGCAGCGAUGA